GGAACCGUCUCCAUCCACGACUGCAGAACCUGCUCUGUCUCACACACUCAAGAGAGUAAAGAUGGCAGUGGGACGAAAGAGCGACAAGAACUCCGCUGCGCCCAGUCAGGACAACAGCGCCGUGCAAAAGAAGAGCCCCAAAAGUGGCGCAAACGGGGUGAGUGGCCCCGGACCCCAGGCCCCCACAUCAGGUAGCUGUCUGGGCCCUCUGCUGAGCACGGUGUUUUAUGUGGCUCUGAUUGGCGCUGUGGGGUUUGCGGCGUUUUACGUUCAACAGGCGGUGGAUGAAAUCCGUCAGAUUGGCGCAAAGCACGAGGAGGGCGCACGGAGAAGCGCAGAGCUGGGCGCCAAGAUGGAGGGUGUCGUUCAACAGGUAGAGUCGCUGAGGAGCAACGUGGACGGUUUGGAGUCGUCCCUGGGCAUCACUCGGGUGGAGCUGGAGGCGGCUGUGACCCGGAUGAAGAGGGGCGAGGUGGAGACGAGGAAAGUGGAGGAGGCGCUUCAGAAACUCCAGAACGAUCUGCUCAGGGACCUCUCAGAGGGCAUCAAGGAGGUGAAGGAGGCUCGGGAAAAAGACUUCUCCUCCUUGGAGACGACUGUGGAGGAGCGCUUGGCUGAGGUGAGUCGGUCCAUCUCAGCCAGCGUGGCGGAGUUCGCUGCGUCUCAGGGCGAAGCGCAGAGUCAACUGGCUGAUCUCAAAUCCCGCCUGGGCGUCGUCGAAGACCCCGCUCUUAUCAAACAGGAGCUGUCUGCCAUCGUUGACGCCGUAGCGGAAAUCAAAACCACCAAACAGGAGACGGACAGAACCGCUGACUCCCUCAGGGAGCAGAUAGGCGCCGUGAGGGAGGAGCUGCAGACUCGCAACCAGGAAGUGGCCUCUCUGUCUCAGGAGGUCCAAACUGUGAGGUCGCUGGUGCAGGAGACCACUGGGACUCUGAAGCAGUCCCUGUCUGCAGCAGAAACUGAAGUCCAGACGCUGAAAGACCAAAACGGGAUGGUCCAGAGCAGCUUGGAGCAGGUUACCGAUGCUCUUCGUGCUGUGGAGGAGAAAGCAAACGUAGCUGCGGCUCAGGCUCAGAGAAAAUCAGAAGAUCUUGAAGCCAGCGUUAAAGCAUCGGAGGAGAGCGAAGGCUCGCUGUCCGCGUCGAUAGCAGACAUCGGCAACAAAGUCGAGUCUCUGUUUGCCAGAUACGACGCGCAUGAAAGCAGUUUAGCUGCACAGCUGGACACCGUGAAGAAAGUCAAAACUGAUCUGAAGCAGGAGCUGGAGGCCAUGAAGACUACUGUGGAGGAGCUGCUGUCCAAUAACUCCGAGGGAGCGUCCAAGGACAAUCACAGGGUGGAGGAGAUGGAGAGGAGGCUCGCUGCUUUGAGGCCCGAGGAGCUGGAAGACCUAAAAAUAACCGUUGACGAUCUGAAGAGCAAAGCAGCCCAGUUGGAAGGCCACGAUCAGGCCAUUUCUGCCCUGAAGGAGGCGCUUCAGGGGACAGCACAGAGACUGGUUGGAGAUGAGCAAGAGGGAGAGAGGAGCAGCCUGGAGGAGCUGCGCUCCAAUAUAGCUGCUCUGAGUGAAGCCCAGAGCGAGCUCACCGAGAAGGACUCCAGCCGGGAUCAGCUGGUGGAGGAGCUGGAGAAGAGACUCACGGCUCUGGAGGACAGGAUGUAGGUGGACUAAAGAGGGAAGCAGGAGACAUUACUGAGGCUGUUCCUGUCCUGGAGGAGCUGCAGACCACGUGGACACCUCCCAACUGGAAGACGAGGAGGGAGAACUUCAGUUAUGCAAUGUCAGAUCAAACUAAAACAGGGGCAAUAAUGAAUCACUGUUUCUUUUAUUUUGAAAUAAUUCCAAAAGCGUCUGACGUCAGGACAGAGCUGAGCUGCUGAUCUGUGAACUCACCAUUCUGCACUGCAGAUCGUCUUUUUCUGGGGUUUUUUUUUUUUGUUACACUUAACGUUUCCAUGCAAAAGCUGUAUUUUUCCAAAUGGACAAAAAAAUCAUGUUUCAA